AUGUAUCUCCGUCGCCAUAACCUGCGAAAGGCCAUCGUGCGCAUAUCCUUGGUCUUGUUUGUCCUGUUCAAUACCCUGGACAUUUUGCAUGUGCAGCAACGUCUUGCGCGCGGAAGCGCGUCACUAAAUAGCUACAAGCCCGGAUCCGAGCGCAUCUUCAUUGCGAGCAUUCUCUGGAACAACGAAGCCAUCUUGCGCUCUUCGUUGAGCGCGGCUUUGGUAACUCUUGCGGAACAUCUGGGACCAAAGAAUGUGUUCAUCAGCAUUCAUGAGAGUGGAAGCUGGGAUGAGACCAAGAAUGCGCUGCGGGAGCUCGAUGAAGCUUUGGAACAAAUCGGAGUGGAAAGAAAGAUUACCACGUCCAAUGUCACGCAUUUCGACGAGAUCUCGGUAGCGCCGGAGGGCGAAGGCUGGGUAGAUACACCCCAAGGUCAGAAGGAAUUGCGCCGCAUCCCGUACCUUGCAAAACAGAGAAAUGUAGGGUUGGAGCCACUUGAGGAAUUGGCGCAACGCGGUAUCCUUUUCGACAAGAUACUGUUGUGGGAGAGCCGCAUACGACGCUUGACAACCUCACCCGUGCUGAAGGCCAAUGUCGUUGCGUCAAGGGUGCGCAAGUGGAAGGAGGAGGAUCCGAGGAAUGAAGAGCUUGGUGAUUUCUGCUUGAUCAACGAAAUGCAGGUGCUGCGCAAGAUUGGCCAACUUCUAAUUACCUGUCACUACGAGAAAUGCAAGCCGGAAUGGAUGGACGGUAGCACAAGACAAGAAGAGAUGGCAGAGCGUAUCAAGCGAGAAGUUAAGGAGAAGGCACCUCAUCGCCGUGAGUCGUUGUACGAUACAUCUAUACAAGUGGAGUACGUGCUUAUCUACUAUCGAAACAGGGAUAGCGGCCGCCGAUGCAAGCACUGCCUCCGUAGAUACGACAAUGGCAUCGAGCAGCACCAGAUGUAG